AUUGGCUACAGUGACGCCGUUCUAGAGACUAUUUACUCAUAGCAUGUUCGCCGUUCCUUUCCAGUUCUUAACGCUGUGCCGUAAACACGUGGUUAAGAGUGUAAUUAUUGAAUUUAAGAAUGCCACUGGCUCGUGAUCUUUUGCAUCCUAGUCCUAUUGAGGAAAAAAGAAAGCAUAAAUUAAAGAGACUCGUCCAAAAGCCUAACAGCUAUUUUAUGGAUGUAAAAUGUCCAGGAUGUUAUGCUAUCAAAACUAUCUUCUCACAUGCACAGAAACCAGUUGAGUGUGAUGGUUGCCGUACGAUUUUAUGUACACCAACUGGUGGUAAAGCACGGUUAACAGAGGGUUGCUCUUUUAGAAGGAAGGUUCAAUGUUAAUUUUAUGUGACACAAACAUCAUUCUUUACAUUCGAUAAAUAAAUACAAUUAUACUAUAA